AGGGCGGAGAAGGAGAGGAAGAGGAAGAGAAAGAAGGCUCUGUUUCUGUUUAUGUUUCUAAAGAAUAACGAGGCAACAAAAAUAUAACGCAAGUGGCAAAAAGAUUGAGACUUUUACCUUAGAGGCCGUCUUUUCUGCCUUAUAAAUGGGGCUAUGAACGACGCUAUCAUUUGAAUUAGUCUCUCCCUCUCUAUCCGUCGUGACCGAAACUUCCACGUGUCUUCUCGCCUAUUUCGUUUUCUUUCCUUCCUUCCUUCACUCUGUUUCCCAAGGAAAAAUUAAUAGCUUGCUGGUUUUUUCUCAUUGAAGAUUCUAUUAGACCCUGCUUGAAGUACUAUCUGCGCGGGAUUUGAAUCCUUUGAGGGGUCCAGUGAAAGAUUUGAUAUAGAAUUUUAAGGUUGGGACGAUAAUGGAGGGAAAGAAUCGAGUUGGGUCGUCUUCUUCCUUCACUUCUGAACUCUUUGGCUCUAAGGAUCCGUCUCCAUCGUCGUCUUCUGGGAUUUUAGGGUCUAUAUUUUCUCCAUCAUCUAAGGUGCCAGGGAAUGAUUCUCUGCCUUCUGGAGUGGGUGUCAAAACUGCCAGUGAGACAUGGAGCCCCAAAAUUGGGACAGCAGAUGGUAACAUCAGGGGAAAUGGGGCUGAAAAUCAGAGCAGUUCAAAUAAGGAUUUGAGUUCCAUUUAUCAGGAACAAAGAGUUCAACCUUGUCACCUUAGCUCGUCAAUCUAUUACGGUGGGCAGGAUAUAUACUCUCAUCCUCAGAACAAAGAGGGUGCAGGACCAAACCCUUUGUGCAAGAAAGAUGGGGGAGAAGAUGAUUCAGGAAGUGCUUCUAGAGGAAACUGGUGGCAAGGUUCUCUCUAUUAUUAAGAUCAUACUUGCCAUUGAAUAAGCUUAUCAAGGUUUUGUCUGGACCACUCCGUUUAUGGAGUUGACGUAACUCUCAGAGUGACGAAACGAUUAAAAACAACCGACUUUGGUAAGAUGAAGUCAGAGGGAAUAUGUAAUUUACUAGUCUGACAGCCGCAAGGUACAGAUAUUUUGUGUAGGUUAUGAGACACGACAAGAUUCUUAUGCAUCGUAUUCUACAGAGGUUAGUUAACAAGAUCAGGAGAAUGAUAGAGAAUAACUGAAGGUGUAGUUUGAUAGGCUUAACUCAUUUUGACAAUGGUAAGAAGUUUCUUGAAUCAGUACGGGACAAGGAGAGUGAUUCAUAUAUGAAUGUUUAUGCCUUUCGGUCUGGGGCUGCAUGAUGUGAACAUGUUGAUGAACUUGGUCUUGAAAAGUAGAUGCUCUAUUCCAAUAUUUCUCACUGACAUACUGAUUUACUUACAUACAUCUUUUUCAGAGAAACUGAUACCCUUGUCCAUGUAGAUUCUUUCGCCAUUAUUGCAGACCUUGAUAAUGAUGGGUGUAGAGGCUGCAGUGGUAAACUUGACCUCAGAUGUAAAUUAUAUAUUCCCUGUGUGUCAGAUAAAAUCUGUUUUAAAAGUGAACAAUCAAUGAAAACAGGAGAAACUGGAGGGGGAAAAAGGCUAUAGGUUCCAUGAACCAUGUUUGAACAGCAGAAUGAAGUCAAAGAAUUGCCAAAGGGCAUGAUAAUUUGGAUUUUUUUUUUUUAAUCACUUACACAUCCUACGCUUUUUGCACCGGAAAACUCGCGCGCUUCACCAUAUUUACUUAAAUCUUAUCUAGUUCCAACUUGUAACUUAUCCCAUUUGAAGGCAUCUUUAGUGCCACUAGGCAUUAAUGCCUUUGGCAGAUGCAGAAGUUGUUCACAAUGUUUAUGUUUAUCUUGAAAUCAUUGAUAUUUUUAUCUACAUUCAAACAAAAUUGUAUGAAAGUUGUGGCCCAGCAAGCAUAAUUAUUUUA